UCGGCGUCGAAAAUUGCUCGGAACAUCAAUGAUUGGACCUAGCUGCUGACAUUGACCACAGUUCAAUUGGAGGGCACCUUCCUACCUGGCUAGCCGUGGUGAAAGAAGCUUGCCGACUUCGCCAAAACCGACGAAAAAAAUACAAAACCGCGAACAAUUGUGUUUCCGAAUCACACAACCACACUCCCCCUCUCUCGGUACAAUGAUCUCAAGAUCUGCCAUCAAGAGGGGAAGCCAGCUGGCCCUCCGUCGGCCAGUCUGCGCUCACGUCGCGCAGACCCGUGGCUUCGCAUCACCAGCACCAGGAGCUACCGGCACGGGCUCGGCAUCAUACGAGCCUACCAGCAUCGCCGGCCUCAAGGUUGCCUCCAAGGAUGCUCAUGGGCCCACGACCAAAAUUGCUCUUGUGGUUAAGGCCGGUACCAGAUAUCAGCCUCAGCCCGGCCUGACUGUCGGUUUGGAAGAGUUUGCUUUCAAGAAUACGAACAAACGAUCCGCGCUCCGCAUUACUCGGGAGACUGAGCUUUUAGGCGGUCAAUUGAAGGCUUACCACACACGCGAAGCCGUCGUCUUGGAGGCUGCAUUCCUCAGGGAUGACCUCCCCUACUUCGUCGAGCUGCUCGGAGAGGUUGCAAAUGAAACGAGGUACACCACCCAUGAGCUUCACGAGGAGGUUGAGCAGACGAUCCACCUGGCCCAGGAAAAGCUUGCACACGAUUCUCUGGCUCAGGCAGUGGAUGGAGCACACGCCGUUGCUUUCCACACCGGCCUGGGCGCACCAGUCCUCCCGUCCACCUCGACUCCUCUUUCCAAGUACAUGAACGAGCACUCCGUCGCCGCGUUUGCUGGCGCCGCCUACACCAAGUCCAAUGUCGCUCUGGUUGCCGAUGGAGCGUCUCAGAGUGGUCUGCAACAGUGGGUUGACUCCUUUUUCAAGGAUCUCCCCAGCCAGUCCUCAAGCGAGAUCUCGCUUCUGAGCAACAAGUCGACUUACCACGGUGGCGAGCACCGUGCUGAACUCCCCGGCAAGAGCUCCUACGUGAUUGCUUUCCCCAGCGCUAGCAUCGCUGAGUCCAAGCCCGAGAUCGCAGUGAUUGAGGCUCUUCUGGGCGGUAACCCUAGCCUCUCGUGGUCCACCGGCUUUACUCUUCUUUCGAAGGCGGCCGCGAACGCCCCUGGUGCCAACGCUGUGGCCAAGAACCUGUCCUACUCGGAUGCCGGUCUCUUGACCAUCCAGAUCACUGGCGCUGCCCCCGCCGUCCGCAAGCUUGCCGAGGAGUCGGUCAAGGCGCUCAAGGCCAUUGCCGAGGGUGGUGUUGCCCAGGAGGACCUGACAAAGGCCAUUGCCAAGGCCAAGUUCAACGCGCUUACUGCCCACGAACUCACUGGAGCUGGCAUCGUGGCUGCUGGUACUAGUAUCAUACACGGCGCUGAGCUGUUCCAGGCUGCCCAGACUAUCAAGAACCUGGAGACAGUAACGGCGGAGAAGAUCAAGACUGCUGCCAAAGCUAUCAUCGACGGCAAGGCGUCUGUAUCAGCCGUUGGUGAUUUGCACGUUCUGCCAUUCGCUGCUGAUCUGGGGCUGAAGGUAUAAGAAUUUUGUAGAAGGGGGAAGGGUGUGGAAUGUAUUAACAGUUUCUUCUACGCCACACGGCGAGUCCUUGUGCAUAUAGUGAAACCACCUGUUAGACAAAAAGACCUGCUAGUUUACCACUGCGUUGAGAGCCAGUUCUUAUAUACGGCUCAAGACGUCCCAACAGAUACGGGAACACAUCCGAAAUCUCAUAGAGUCAUAAUCUAACUUUCCAUGCAAUUCAAUUUGAACGAAUCGGCAAUGAGAAUUCAUGCUUUGACAAAUGAAUUAGCUACAGAAAGAAAGAUCUAGAAAACUUUUGUAUUUAGAGAAGCCUAUUUACUUGGUUCAUCAGGUAAAUAUGAUUGCACGAUGUUCGUCCAAAAAUUGACAAGGAUUGCUAUGG